GUGGGGACUAUAAGAGUGCGCCCAGCCCCGGCCGUACUCAUUUCGCUCCGACCGGCGCGCAACGAUGGCUCGCUCUGUGGCCGUGGUCUUUCUGAUGCUUGCCUCACUGGCCUGCUUGGAUGCCAUCCAGCGUGCCCCACAUGUGCAAGUAUACACCCGCCACCCGCCAGAGGAUGGCAAACCGAACUUCCUGAACUGCUACGUGUCGCAGUUUCACCCACCCCACAUUAACAUCGAGCUGCUGAAGAACGGAGAGAAGAUAGAAAAAGUGGAGUACACAGAUCUGUCCUUCAACAAGGACUGGUCCUUCUAUCUCCUGGCUCAUACUGAAUUCACACCCACUGCGACUGAUAAGUACGCCUGCAGAGUUUCACACACCACUCUGAAAGAGCCCAAGGUUGUCACCUGGGAUCGAAACCUGUGAUUAAGCAUCAUGGAGGUCUGAAGAUGCUUCAUUUGGACCAGUUUAACUCCAAGUAUUUCUCAGUUUUUAAUAUGCUGUACAAUUUAUACACACAGUGAGGAAUAGUAAUGACACAUCAUCUUCUUUGUAACUUUGAAUUCUGCAUGUUUUCCAAAAAAAAUUUGAAGACUAACACCCUAGAUAUCUGAAAUAAUAAAGCAUCAAUGAGUAUUUUGAUCAGAAACAAACCAUUGAUAAUUUGAAAGAAAAAAAAAGUGCUAGUAAAUGUAAUUAAAAAUAAUAGUUGAUCAUAUAUCAAACCCUUUGUACAUCUUAUUAGUUGGAUGGAGUUAUUCAUCUUUGGUCUAUCACAACCUAAGUGAUUUUUUUUUUUUAAUUUAAGAAACCUGAGAUAUUUUCUUUUUGGUAAAGCACACAGGCCCAUCUAAAGUCUGUGCCUAACAAUCCUCUCCCCCAAACCCAUGGGUUACUUCCUCUUUGUUAUUUUUACUCAAAAAUAAAGAAAAAAAGAAGGACGUUUGCUAGACAUUGCCAGAGUGUUACACGAAGUGGUUUCUAGGUAUCCUUAAAUGUCUGCAAAUGCGCAUGUGGCUUUUAUCACCUGAAGAGCCAGUGGUGUCUUCAGAGGUUCUCAUAGAAGCAGGCUCCUGAACCAGGAGAUGAACAUGACUAAGAAAGGGCUCCAAAGCAAAACAGUAGGAGUGUGGUUGGUGACAGGGAAUCGGAAGGAACUGAGAGGGGAGUAGGGAUUUCAGAAGUGCCGGUCCCACAGGGAGCUCUAGAGCAAAAACCACAUCUUAAAGUUUGUCUUGGCAAUGUGGACAAGCCUGUUGCUGGUUCUACAGGACUGUGUGGUAGGAUGAAAGCCCAGAUAUGGUGGUGUGCCAGUACCGGCAUGCAAAGGCUGAGGACUGACAGGCUCGUACUGAAGGAUGUAGGUGGGGCCACAGUGGCUACUGUGUUUCCUGUUCAAUUCUGGUGUGCCUACAGCACACCCAGUCUGAAAGCCCCACCACCAGUUCAAAGUUUCUAAGGGCUAGUGUUAAAGUGGAAAUGCUGAUAGAACUAAGUUUGAAUCCUAAUACAAAGUUACUAUAAAAUUCUGACUUGAGCUUUUAAUUUUGAUACAAUUUAGUUGUAUCCCCAAAGGUCCUUUUGUGGUUGGACUUCUAAGAGGUGGGGUCUAGUGGGAGGUCCUGUGGUACUCAGGUCUUUUUGAGUUCUGAAAGGGUUAUUAUAAAGGCAGCAAACCUAGCCCCUUCUGUUCCUUCUGCUGGUCUAACGCAUAAUCACGUGCUUACUCCUGAUGCAUUUUUCCCUUGCUGUUGGCAUGAAGGAGGAAACUUUGGCAUAGAGUCUGUGCUAAUCAUUUAAAUUUUGAAAUUUCAAAACUGUAAGUUAAAUAAAUCUUAUUAAGUA